CACGUGAUUGUUGAAGUUGCUUCUGGAGGUAGUUGCUUUUUCCCCCAUCUGGACUUUUGUUUCCUAUGGGAUUUAUUUGCAAUCUACCGGAUGAGGAUCUGAGGGGAGUUUGCCAGAUCUGGGGCUGCAUCAUUCAACACAUCUGGAAGUGGUUUAUGGGGCUCUUUCACUACGCCAGUACAGUGUCUGGAUUCUGAGCAGCUUCUCAGAGGCAGAAAAAGGAAAGAAAAACCAGCACCGCUCCAAAGUACACUUGAAGGAUUUGAAAAAGGAUUCCCAAUUUAAAAGCAUUACUGUGGCCCUUUAAGGCUCAUGUACCUAGGAUUUCCAAGGGGAGUCAUGGGCAAGGCAGUUUUGGCAUGAGCGCUUGCAGUUUUGGGUGAGCUAGGAACCAAGUGUUGUCGCCCUGCAAUUCUUCUGGAGAAAGAAGCCGUGAGUGCUGUGCUGCGUUUGAAAGAUUGCAGUUCUUAACCAAAGGAACAUAUGGCUCUGUUAAGGAAAAUUAAUCAGAUCUUAUUAUUCCUACUUCUUUUGACCAUCUGUGUCAUUCUGUAUAAUAAAGUUCACAAGGUGCCAUCUACAUUAAAUAAUGAAACAAUUGAUUUGGAGAGUCCUGAGGAAAUGGAAGAAGAAAUUCCAGUGGUGAUAUGUGCUGCUGCGGGUAGAAUGGGUGCAACGGUAGCAGCAAUCAGUAGCAUCUACAGCAACACCGAUGCUAAUGUUUUGUUCUACAUAGUUGGCCUAAAGAACACAAUUCCACAUAUCAGAAAAUGGAUUGAAAAUUCCAAACUGAAAGAAAUAAAGUAUAAAACUGUGGAGUUCAACCCUAUGGUACUAAAAGGAAAAAUAAGACCAGAUGCAUCACGCCCUGAGUUACUCCAGCCUCUGAACUUCGUUCGAUAUUAUCUCCCCCUGCUUAUCCACAAACAUGAGAAAGUCAUAUAUUUGGAUGAUGAUGUGAUUGUGCAAGGUGACAUCCAGGAACUGUAUGACACAAAGCUAGCUCCAGGCCAUGCUGCAGCUUUUUCAGACGACUGUGAUUUGCCUUCUACUCAUGAAAUGGUGAGAAGUGUAGGAAUGCAGAACACAUACAUGGGAUAUCUGGACUACCGGAAGCAAACAAUUAGAGAUCUUGGCAUCAGCCCCAGUACCUGUUCCUUUAAUCCUGGUGUAAUUGUGGCUAAUAUGACAGAAUGGAAGCACCAGCGGAUUACAAAGCAAUUAGAAAAAUGGAUGCAAAGAAAUGUAGAAGAAAACCUCUACAGCAGCACCCUUGGGGGAGGUGUGGCCACCUCUCCAAUGCUCAUUGUAUUCCAUGGAAAAUAUUCUACUAUUAAUCCCUUGUGGCAUGUCCGACAUCUUGGGUGGAGUCCUGAUGCCAGGUAUUCAGAGCAUUUUCUUCAAGAAGCUAAAUUACUUCAUUGGAAUGGAAGGUAUAAACCUUGGGAUUACCCUAGUGUUCAUAAUGACCUAUGGGAAAACUGGUUUAUCCCUGACCCAUCAGGGAAGUUUAAAAUGAUUCGUCCCAAUAGCUGAUACUGAAAGACGUCUAAAAUGUUUAUGCCUUUAAAAAUAAAUCAGUUUCCAGCAAGAUCGUAAUGGAUUAUUCUAUUUCUAUAUCAUACUUUGCAAUACAGUUUAUCUUCUGUGUAAUAUAUGAUAACUAUUGUGUAAAACUGUAUGUGUAACUGAUUUUACAAAAUUGACCCUAAGUAUUUAAGCUUUACCCUAAAAAUAAACUUGUGCUGGUAUAGGGGGUAAUACAUACAAACUUCAGAUUAGCUUGAGUUUCUAGUAAUACUGUGAGAUAUUAGUUUACUUGAUUAAAAACAUUUUAAGAUGUUUACAAAGAUGAAAAUCAGGACUAAACAGAAUGGGUUUCAAUGCAAUGUCCUGUAUCCUCUAAAGAAGGUUCCAGUUGCUUGCUGAAUCUAUACCAGCAGUACUUAGUGUUGAGUACAAGAUGUUUUAGCUUUUCUAGUCCUGUUUUUUUAAGCAGUAUUAAACCAAAAUGAAACGAAACAUUUCAA